CGUUGGAGCUCCACGUGGGACCACUUCAGAACCCUCGCUUCUGUUUUUCUUGAGUAUAUUUUUUUCCUGGAUCCUGAUGUUAUCAAGCGUAAGAGCAGGACACUGACCACUUAUGUUGUGUGCUGUGUGGAGUCCACCAGAUUGAAAAUGGUUUUUGGGUUCCAAUCAUUAACUCAGGAUUUAACAGCUCACUUUUUGUCAUACGUGAAGUUUAGAUUUGUGAUGUGCAAAGGAUGAAGCCAGUUGUGGAGGAUACCACCUGUGCCCUACUGAACACAUGAAAUCAGAAACUUUGAGCGUGUUCUUAACAUUUUUAUGUUUUGGGACACUUCUAGUUUAUUAUCUGUGUGUGUGUGUGGACAAAAGGCUCACUGUUUUAAGUUUAUAUUUUCCAGAAGGCUGGAAAGGUCUAGUUAUCAGUUUAUUAGCUUUUUGCAUUUUUCCCCCUAUGAAUUGCUGUCAUGUAGCUCUAUUCUGUGAGUCGCAAUUGAUUUGUGGGAACUCUCUUUACGUUUGGAAUACUAACCAUCUAUCACGCGUGAGUGGCGUAUGCUUUCUUCCUGGCUGCUGUUUGUCUCGCUGUGUGUGGCCUCUCACGUCUCGUGGGGUCUGGCGAGAGUUUGGGGGCCGUAGAAACGAGGUGUCUUUCUCGUCCUGCAGGAGGACCAUGUCGCUGGACUUCGGCAGCGUGGCACUGCCCACACAGAGUGAAGAUGAAGAGUACGACAAGGAGGACUUCGCAAGGGAGAAAGAGUUGCAGCGGUUACUCACAGACCUGCCUCACGACAUGCUGGACGAUGACCUGUCCUCCCCCGAGCUCUGCCUUUCGGACGGCAGUGAGGACGACACAGAGGGAGGACCUCAUCAUUCUGAGCAGUCGGAGAUACACUGGAAUGACCACCCGGUGCUGCCUAAAUCUAAAAGUGUAAGUGACCAUAAUGAGAUUCGGGAUAUAUAUGUUGGAGAGAAGAUUGGCAAUGUCUGGGAUGAGAACCCUAGUAAGGCUGAAGACCAGCAUCCGGGGUACCAUCCCGAAGAGGGUGGAGAUGAAGGCAGAAGGAAUUAUAGUCCUCCAAGUAAAUAUGAACAGACUGAUUUGUAUCACCUUCCCGAAGACUUUAGGCCGUACACCAGUGGUCAGAAGCAGGAAUUUAAUAACCAAACAGCCAAUGUAAUUAAAUUUUCAGAUCCUCAAAGGAAUCAUUUUCAGCAGUUUGGGAGGUCACAAGGUCCCAGUUGUCAAGUGCUGGAACCAUAUACAGUGGCAUAUAAACCUUACCAGUCCCCUGCGCAGAACAGCGACCCACCAGCCCAAGAGAUAGCGGGGGGUGACACAUUUGAAGGCCUGCAACAGCAAUUUCUGGGGGCUAACGAAAAUUCUGCAGAAAAUAUUCAGAUUAUUCAACUUCAGGUUCUUAACAAAGCAAAAGAGAGACAAUUAGAAACUUUAGUUGAAAAGUUGAAUGAAAGUGAGCACCAAAUCAGAUAUCUGAAUCACCAGCUUCUGAUAAUCAAAGAUGAAAAGGAUGGUUUGACACUCAGCCUUCGAGAAUCACAGAAACUCUUUCAGAAUGGAAAAGAAAGAGAGUUACAGCUUGAAGCACAAAUAAAAGCACUGGAGACCCAAAUACAAGCACUAAAAGUCAACGAAGAACAGGUGGUUAAGAAGUGCAGAACUACGGAAAUGGCUCUGGAAAGCCUGAAGCAGCAGCUGCUGGACCUUCAUCACUCCGAGUCCCUCCAGCGAGCGCGAGAGCAGCACGAGAGCAUCGUCCUGGGCCUCACCAACAAGUACGAGGAGCAAGUGCUGUCCUUACAGAACAAGUUGGAUGCUACGGUGGCGGCCCUGAAGGAACAGGAAGACAUUUGCUGUCAUUUGAAAGAUAAAGUGAAACAACUGGAAAGGAAUCAAGAAGCAACCAAAUUAGAAAAGACGGAGAUGAUUAACAGACUGACCAGGAGUCUGGAGGAGAGUCAGAAGCAGUGUGCCAGCUUGCUGCAGUCAGGCUCGGUCCAGGAGGUGGUGCAGCUGCAACUCCAGCUGCAGCAGGCACAGAAGGCGCAUGCCAUGAGCGAGAGCAUGAACAAGGCUCUGCAGGAAGAAUUAACAGAACUAAAAGAUGAAAUUUCUCUCUAUGAAUCUGCCGCAAAACUAGGAGUACUUCCAAGGGACUCAGGAGGAGAAUUAAAUACAGAACUCACUGACUCAUAUGUGGAUUUGGGUAUUAAAAAUGUCAACUGGAAAAAAUCCGAAGUUAAGAGCAUUUUCCCACAAGAAGACCCAAACAAAGAGCUUUCCAAGGAUGAGGUGAUUCUGAAGCUGAAAGCGGAGGUGCAGCGUCUGCUGGGCAGCCACGCCGUGAAGCGCCGCCUGGUGGCGCAGCUGCAGAGUGACCUCCAGGGCUGUCGCAAGCAAAUGGAAGAUCUGCAGAGAGUGGAGAAGGAGACUAAAACAGAUACCUCAGAGAAACCAACUAAUCAGUUAUGGCCCGACUCUUCUGCUUCUGAAAUGAUUGCCAAAGAUGAGAUUCUAAGACUUAAAAAUGAAAUUCAAGUUUUGCAAGAACAAAAUCAGGCACUUAAAGAAACGGAAGAAAAACUGCGAAGUACAAAUCAGGAUUUAUGUAAUCAAAUGAGACAAAUGGUACAAGAUUUUGAUCGUGAUAAACAAGAAACUGUUGAUAGGUGUGAGAGGACCUACCAGCAGCACCACGAGGCCGUGAAGGCCCAGAUCCGCGAAAGCCUGUUAGCAAAGCAUACUUUGGAGAAGCAGCAGCUCUUCGAGAUGUAUGAGGGGACGCACUCGCAGCUUCGGUCGGAACUGGAUAAGAUGAAUAAGGAGAUGGCCUCCGUGCAGGAGUGUUACCUGGAGGUGUGCAGAGAGAAGGACAGUCUGGAAGCGGCUCUCAGGAAGACCUUUGAGAAGGAGCAGCAGGCUCGGGAGAAGAAGAUGAAAGAAGAACUUCUUCAACAGCUUGAAAAGGAGUGGCAGUCUAAGCUGGACCAAACUAUAAAGGCGAUGAAAAAGAAGACCUCGGAGAGUUACAGCCAGACUGACCAAGUAACCACCGUUGAGGUUAUUUCCCAGAAGGAGAUGGCAAUCAUGAUAAAAGAACAGAAGCAAAAGAUCCAGCAAGAUUUAGAGCAGGAAAAGGAAAUCGCCAUCAAGGGGGCCUUGAAGAAACUUGAGGUUGAAUUGGAACUCAAAUACUGUGAAAACAUUGCCAAACAGGUAGAAACAGCUGUGCAAAAUGCUCGCCGUCGAUGGCUGGAAGAACUGCCUGAGCUCUCCGAGUAUAAAGCACAUGUCAGAGCAGAGCAGAGGAGGUGGGAAGAACAACAAGAGACCUCUGUGGCCAAGCGGAUAUUGUUCGCUGUUUCUGAAGCUAAAGAGAAGUGGAAAAGCGAGCUUGAAAAUAUGAAGAAAACCGUCAUGCCUGGAAAGGAACUGGAAGAGAAGAUUCAUUCUCUUCAGAGAGAGCUGGAGCUGAAGGACCAGGAAGUCCCUGUGGCUGUCAGGGCCGAGCUGGCGAAGGCCCGGAGUGAAUGGAACAAAGAGAAGCAAGAAGAGAUCCACAGAAUCCAAGAACAAAAUGAGGAAGAUUACAGGCAGUUUUUAGACGACCAUCGGAAUAAAAUCAACGAGGUGCUUGCAGCAGCUAAAGAAGACUUUCUGAAACAAAAAAUGGAACUGCUUCUUCAGAAGGAGACGGAGUUACAAGCGUGUCUAGACCAGAGUCGCAGGGAGUGGACUAUGCAGGAGGCCAGGCGGAUCCAGCUGGAGCUCUGUCAGUAUGAGGAAGACAUUCUAACCGUCCUUGAACUGCUCUUAAAGGACACCCAGAAGGAGCACGUCAGUGGUUCAGAAGACAAGCGACUUGCAGACCUUGUGUCGACUUGUUCUUCAAAAUGGGUGUCUGUGCGGUAUUUCGAGAAACUAAAGGCCUGCGUUCAGAAAGCAUUUCAAGAUAUACUCUCCCUCCUUACAGAAAAUGCCAACCCACAAUGGGAAAAGAGAAACACAGCCAAGGUCUCCAAGGAUCCUGCUACAGGUGUCACUGGCCGAGGAGACCCUGGAGCCCUGGUCGCCCUUCCUGCGCCCACGUCUGAACACCACGCUCAGGUCUUGGCCUCACAAGCAGAAGCAGAAGCUGAUAAGAGAAAGAUCCCUGAAAUUGAAGAUUCAUGCUGUGGACGUGGCUUCCAAGAACUUGAAAAGGCAAAGCAGGAAUGUCAAGAUCUGAAAAGAAAACUGGAGACGUGCUGUAGGAACCUUCAGCACUUAGAACGGAAGCACAAAGCUGUAGUGGAAAAAAUCGGAGAAGAGAACAGUAAAGUUGUUGAAGAAUUAAUAGAAGAAAACAAUGAUAUGAAGAGUAAAUUGGAAGAACUGAGAACACUUUGUAACAUUCCAACAAGGUCAUUGUCAGAAGGGGCCAUUGAAAAUGCUUGCCAGCCAUACUCUCAGGAGGCCUUGGAAGAACUUCGUGGGCAGUACAUCAAAGCAGUGAAAAAAAUCAAGCGUGACAUGCUUCGGUACAUCCGGGAGAGCAAGGAGAGGGCCGCCGAGAUGGUCAAAGCCGAGGUGCUGCGCGAGCGGCAGGAAACCACCCGGAAGAUGCGCACGUAUUAUUUGACCUGCCUCCAGCAGAUCCUGCAGGAUAAUGGAAAGCAAGAAAGAGCUGAGAAGAAGAUUAUGAAUGCUGCUAGCAAACUUGCUACAAUGGCAAAGUUGCUGGAAACGCCUAUUGCUAAGAGAUCCCAGAGCAAAACUGCAGAGUCAGUACUGCCCCUGACCUCAGAGAUAACUGGUGUUGAAAGACCACAAAGCAAUUAUGUGAAUCAGACUAUGUCAUGUCACACGGAAAGCAAAGCAGACAGUGUGAAAACCCUCCCCCAAAGCAUGUGCCACGGAGCCCCUAGGAGGAGGGCUGCCUGUGACUUACGCAGGCGGUUGGAGGAGUCGGAGCACGGGGACAUCAAGCACGCGGGGCCCAAAGGCUCGCAUUUGGACUUUCAGUUUGAGGAUAGCAAUCGCAAACAUCUAGACAUUUUGGCAGGAAGUGUUUCUCCGGAGUUUGUUCCUUGCGGAGGUGAAGGGGGCUUUGGUGUGCACAAGAAGAAAGACCUCGUCAGUGAUGCCGGCCCGGGAUCCUGUCUGCCUGCAGCCGAAUACCCCCUUCUUGGGACCUUCGGAAGUAAAUCCUCACCUGGAAGUGGCCCUAGUCUUUCCGAGCCCAGAUCCACAUACAUAGCUUGCCGCAGUCCUGACGAAAGACUUGGUUUAAAAGUGUAUAAGUGUGUUCCGCUAACAGGAAGUGUAAAUGCUGCCUCUGAGCAAAGUGAAUGUUUGGGUGUCGACGAAGCUCCCGUCAAGGAAGGGGGGGACCCCCGUGACUCGCUGGGCUGGCAUUUCAACUGUGCCCCUCUACCCUGCGGCAGUCACGCAAUGCCUUUGUCACGUGGAGAGCCACAGGAAACCCUGGGGACGCCCGCUGAGUCUGAUCAUCUCAAACAGCUUUUAGCAGCCAGUUGUCUUUCAGAUAAAGAGAAAAGUAAUAAAAAUGGUCAGCUGAUGAAAUGUCGAAGUGAUCACAUUCCAGACCUGUCAGAAGAAGCCGUGCAUUCCCAGACAGGGAAGAUCAGUGUGACUCUGGGACACCCAGCUCAUCAUAAGGCUGAUACGUUGACACCAGAGUUCAAAGAACCGAGCAGUACCGACCCCCCCUCAGUGCCUCGGCAGCCGUCGAGAAAACUAACUGCUCCUCUGUCUAGCCAGCAGGACAGCGGCUUUGAUAGCCCCUUUGUGGAUCUUCACUAAUUGUUGUACAGUAUUUUAGAAGAAUAUAUUGACAAGAAAACUGGAAGGGAAGACUUCAUACUGAGAAAUUGGUGGGCUCUAUUUUGAGAUGUUUUAAUAACAUCUAUUAUACGAGUAAAGUAUUCCCAUAAAAUUACUUGAGAUAUUAACAUUGCCUUAAUCUUCCAAAGGCCUGAUAGUGUCUGUGUACUCUGUUUCCGUGUGGUAUUUAUAUUUGGUUGCUAAACCACCUAUUUUUGUACUUAAAAAUUAGCUCUCCGUGCAGUGUUAAAU